UUAUCCCACCCCUCUUGGAAGGAGGGGUGAGAGGGAGAGUCUAUAAUGACAGAAAACUUGUAAAGAAAAAUGUGUACUGUGUAAGGCAGACCUAGGGGAAAGGAGCUCAGCUGGGACAUGGAUCUGUAAAGUAAAAGUUCUGGGAAGAAGCACAUUUACUCAUCCUACAGGCAUCUCUCCUCCUCUCUGAAACAUGGAGGUUGAAGUGAUGGGGAAUUCAAAGUCCAUCAAAAAGAAACCAGCAAAUAAAGGGAUUAAAGUUGCUCUGGUCAUCUUCAUUUUAAUAACAGGGAUACUUGGUGUCUUGCUUUUACUAGUCAGUCAAGGACUUAUUAGCUUCCAGAAACCAAAGUAUUGUUUAACUCCAAAAUGCAUCGAGGCAGCUGCUUUAGUUCAAAACAAAAUGAAUUUCUCCGUCGAUCCCUGCAACAACUUUUUCCAAUAUGCCUGUGGUGGAUGGAUACAGGGAAACCCCAUUCCAGAUGACAUGACGAACCAUGGAAUCUACCCAUGGCUCAGGAAUAAUGUGGAUCUUAAAAUUAAAGCACUUCUAGAAAAGCCUAUCAGUAAGAGAAGAGAUAUAGAAGCAGUACAGAAAGCAAAGAUAUUUUAUAUGUCCUGCAUGAAUGAAACUGAAAUAGAAGAAGCUGAUAUGAAGCCACUUCUGAAAAUAUUGACACAGUCAUCAAUGCGUUGGCCAGUAUUGGAGUCCAAUAUUGGAAGUGAUGGAAAGUGGUCAGAGAGGAAGUUCAAUUUUCUUAAAACUCUUGCAGAUCUCCGAAAACAGUACAGUGUUUCAGUAUUCUUCCGUGCCUAUGUUGGAACAGACGAUAAACUAUCUAAUAAUUUCAUUUUAAAGCUGGACCAAGCAUCCCUGUCUUUAUUAUCUCACGAGGACUAUCUUGAUAAUAGUACUACUACCGUAGCAUACAGAGAUGCCCUUUUCCAUUUAAUGGUUGAUGUUGCAGUUUUCCUUGGAGCAAACAAGACAAGAGCUAUAUCUGAUAUGAAAUCUAUAAUUGAUCUGGAAACAAAACUUGCUCAGAUAACAGUCCCUCACGAAAACAGGACAAGUGAAGCAAUAUAUAAUAAAAUGAACAUCUCCGAGCUCACUUCUAUGAUCCCACAGUUUCAGUGGCUGGCCUACUUGAAUGAAAUCAUUGACUUCACCAUGCAUCCUGAACUUAAAUACAUUGACUCUUCGGAAAAUGUGAUUGUUCGGGUUCCACAAUAUUUGAAAGACUUGUUUCAUAUAAUAGAAGCUGAGGACAAAAGGACUCUUGCCAAUUACCUAAUAUGGAGAUUUGUAUAUUCAAGAAUUUCAAACCUUAGUAGACGGUUUCAAUACAGACAGCUGGAUUAUGCACGGGUCCUGUUGGGUACCAAUACAUUAGCAGCUCGUUGGGAUCGAUGUGUGAAUUAUAUUGAAAAUUCUCUCCCUUAUGCUGUUGGGAAGAUGUUUGUAAAUGCUCAUUUCCAAGAGGACAAGAAGCAAAUGAUGGAAGAACUGGUUGAAGGCAUCCGUUGGGCCUUUAUUGACAUGCUGGAAAAGGAAAAUGACUGGAUGGAUGAAGACACUAAAAUAAAAGCGAAGCAAAAGGCAAAAACUGUGAUGGCCAAAGUUGGAUACCCUGAAUUCUUGUUGAAUGACACAUACAUAAAUGAAGAAGUGAAACUGUUGAAAUUUUCAGAAACAGAUUAUUUUGGAAACAUACUACAGACCCUGCACUUUCUAUCUCAAUCGGAUUUCUAUUGGUUGAGAAAAGCGGUUCCUAAAAAAGAAUGGUUUACUAGUCCAACAACAGUCAAUGCCUUUUACAGUGCAACCACCAACCAAAUUAGAUUUCCUGCGGGAGAACUUCAAAAGCCUUUCUUUUGGGGGAUGGAAUAUCCAAGAUCCCUGAGCUACGGAGCUAUUGGAGUUAUUGUUGGGCAUGAGUUCACACAUGGCUUUGACAGCAAUGGUCGUAAAUAUGACAAAGACGGAAAUUUGCAUUCAUGGUGGAGCAGUGAAUCCGAAGAAAGAUUUAAAGAGAAAAGUAAAUGUAUGGUGAACCAGUACAAUGAUUACUACUGGAAGCAAGCUGGAUUAAAUGUGAAGGGAACAAAAACUUUGGCUGAAAAUAUUGCAGAUAAUGGAGGAAUGAGAGAAGCUUUCAGGGCUUACAGAAAAUGGAUUAAUAAUGCCAGAAGUGGAAAAGAAGAGUUGCUUCUACCUGGCCUAGAACUCACCAAUAAUCAGCUCUUUUUCUUGAGUUAUGCACACGUAAGGUGUAAUGUCUUCCGUACUGAAGCUGCAAGAGACCAAAUUGUAAAUGGAGUGCACAGCCCACCACAAUUCAGAGUAAUUGGUGCAAUGAGCAACUUUGAAGAGUUUCGAAAGGCUUUUAAAUGCCCAGAAAACACAACCAUGAAUCGAGGGAGCCAUUCCUGUCGGAUCUGGUAG